CGAAAUUGUGACUCCUGAGAUAGCGAUUUUAAUAUCUCAUACUGCGGUCGGCAGCAGCUAUGCCAUUUCUUUUCCCGAUUUCCACGUUGACGAUCUCCGCGUUUCCUUUGUACUGCCUCUAGAACUUGCUCUACUUCUUUAGUUUGACCGCUACAAAUAAGGUUACCGAGUCACUCGGCUCACUCGAUCUUUACAGACAGAAAUGGCGGACGAGUUCCCCAUCCCAGAGACACAAGUGCUUGCUGUCGCCAGCCAUGUAGGGCCAGCCAUCCUAAAGAUCUCCAUGGAUCCGAUUGACUGACAUCACGCAAGGUUGUUUACGGAAGCUAUGUCGGGAAUACAAUGGCGACGUAUGUGAUGCAGUCGCUAGGUUGCGAGGUUGCUGCUCUUAAUACCGUGCAAUUCAGCAAUCAUUUAGGAUAUGGACAAGCAAAAGGCACGCGAGCCACAGCCCAAGAAAUCACAGACCUCUACGCCGGCCUCCAAGACUCGAACCUCUCCUCCUUUCAAAUGAUGCUCUCGGGCUACCUUCCUGGAGCCGCCUCCGUCGAAGCCGUUGGCGCCAUCGCGCGGGAUCUGAAAUACAAAGCUACAAUGGAGCCGGGGGAGUUCUUCUGGGUGCUCGAUCCGGUUAUGGGUGAUAAUGGGAAGCUGUAUGUAGCGGAAGAUGUGCCGCUUGCGUAUAAGAGCUUGAUCAUAGAUGCGGAUCUAAUUCUGCCGAAUCAGUUCGAGGCCGAGACAUUAUCGGGAGUUAAGAUCGUGGGUAUGGAGACGCUGAAGGAAGCAAUUGUCACGCUGCAUGAGAAAUACCGGAUUCCUCAUAUUGUAGUCACCUCGAUUACUCUACCAGCACUGGGAGCACUGCCCUCUCUCUCAGUGGUUGGGUCGACAUUCACGAGUACAGCAGAACCGAGAAUAUUCGAGAUCAAGAUCCCGGCCAUCGAUUGUUUCUUCAGUGGGACAGGGGAUAUGUUUGCCGCGUUAAUGCUGGUGAGGUUACGAGAAGCGGUACAUACAAUUGAAGGGUUAGUUAAGACAAAGUCGUGGGUUAGUGGUGACGAGGUCGAGGCAACGGAAUUACCACUUGCGAAGGCGUGUGAGAAAGUGUUGGCGAGUAUGCAUGAGGUAUUGACCAGGACGAAAGUCAGCAGAGAUGCGGAGUUGGAGAAGUAUAAAGGAGUCGAUUGGGAAGGGGAUGAGAAGAAAAAGAGGGUGGUGGAAAGUAAGGCUGCGGAGGUUAGACUUAUAAGGAAUUUGGAUUGUUUGCGGCAUCCUGAUGUCAAGUUUAGAGCGGAAAGGUUUCCAUAAAUAUGGGUUGUCUAGAUGGUAAGCAGGUAAGAUGUAGAGCGUUUGGGUUACGGGGCACGAGUUCUAUUCUGCUCAUUUAGAAGUAUCUCGCAAGUACAUCAGCUUUCUUGAAGGAGGCCCAAUUGCAUUCAAGUCUAUUUUCCUUACACACCUGAACUCCCUUUCAUCAUCUACCUCCACACCACCUCACCUAAUCCACCCGAAACUUGUACGCCAUUUCUCCAGGUACCAAAAUCUAUCCAGUACUUCCAAAGCCACCAGCACCUCGAACACU